GAAAGCUAGAGGUGACGACGGCUUGUCGGUGGGUGAGUGGAGCAGCGGUCGUACUCUCCCAAGGAAGGCCCCGCGCCCCUGCGGCCUAGUCACUAGGCCCAGGCUGAGCCCGGCUUUCCCCCUGGGGCUCUGUGCUUCUUCAUCUGCCCUAUCGUGGGAUAAUCCCCCCAGGAAGUAAUUUAUAGGCAAAAGACUUUGGUCAAAAUGGUUUCCAAAAGAAGAUUGUCAAAAUCUGAGGAUAAAGAGAGCCUGAUGGAAGAGGCUUCCAAAGCCAGGAAACAACCACUUUCCAAAAAGACAAAGAAAUCUCAUAUUCCCAAUGCAGUUGAAGAAAAUGAUAGUGUCUUUGUAAAACUUCUUAAGACAUCAGGAGUUAUUCUUAAAACCGGAGAGAGUCAGAAUCAACUAGCUGUGGAUCAAAUUAUUUUCCAAAAGAAGCUCUUUCAGACCCUGAGGAAACAUCCUUCUUAUCCCAAAAUAAUAGAAGAAUUUGUUAGUGGCCUGGAGUCUUACAUUGAGGACCAAGACAGCUUCAGGAACUGCCUUUUGUCUUGUGAACGUCUGCAGGAUGAGGAAGCCAGCAUGGGCACAUCUUACUCUAAGAGCCUUAUCAAACUGCUUCUGGGCAUUGACAUAUUACAGCCUGCCAUUAUCAAAACCUUAUUUGAGAAGUUGCCAGAAUUUCUUUUUGAAAAGAUGACCAGUGAUGGAAUCAACAUGCCUCGACUAAUUAUCAGUCAACUAAAAUGGCUUGACAGAGUUGUGGAUGGCAAGGACCUCACCACCAAGAUCAUGCAGCUGAUCAGUGUUGCUCCAGAGUACCUGCAGCAUGACUUCAUCACCAGCCUACCUGAGAUCCUAGGGGAUUCCCAACAUGCUGAUGUGGGGAAAGAACUCAGUGACUUACUGAUGGAGAAUACUUCACUCACUGUCCCUAUCCUGGAUGUCCUUUCUAGCCUCAGACUUGACCCAAACCUUCUCUCUAAGGUCCGCCAGUUGAUGAUGGGUAAGCUGUGUUCUGUCAGAUUGGAUGAUUUACCUGUGAUAAUCAAAUUCAUUCUUCAUUCCAUAACAGCCACGGAUGCACUUGAGGUAAUUUCUGAGCUUCGGGAGAAGUUGGAUCUGCAGCAUUGUAUUUUGCCAUCACGGUUACAAGCUUCCCAAAGCAAGUUGAAAAGUAAAGGACGACCAAGUUAUUCAGGAAAUCAAGAAAGCAGAGGUCAAGACUGUGUUAUUCUCCUCUUUGAUGUAAUAAAAUCAGCCGUUAGAUAUGAGAAAAUCAUUUCAGAAGCCUGGAUUAAGGCAAUUGAGAGCAUUGACUCAGUGUCUGAACACAAGAUUUUUGACCUGGCGAUGCUUCUCAUCAUCUAUAGCACCAACACUCAGACAAAGAAGUACAUUGAGAGGGUGCUAAGAAAUAAGAUUCGAUCAGGCUGCAUUCAGGAACAGUUGCUACAGAGUACAUUCUGUAUUCAUCACUUGGUUCUUAAAGAUGUUUGUCCAUCCAUUCUGUCGCUGGCUCAGAGCUUAUUUCACUCCCUAGACCAGAGUAUAAUUUCGUUUGGCAGUCUUCUAUACAAAUAUGCAUUUAAGUUUUUUGACACUUACUGCCAGCAGGAAGUCGUUGGUGCCCUAGUGACCCAUAUCUGCAGCGGUAAUGAAGCUGAAGUUGAUACUGCAUUGGAUGCCCUUCUAGAAUUGAUAUUACUAAACCCAUCUGCUAUGAGGCUGAAUUCUGUCUUUGUGAAGGGUAUUUUAGAUUACCUGGAUAAUAUGUCCCCUCAGCAAAUACGAAAACUCUUCUAUAUUCUCAGCACACUGGCAUUUAGCAAACAGCAUGAAGCCAGCAGCCACAUCCAGGAUGACAUGCACCUGGUGAUACGAAAGCAGCUCUCUAGCACCAUAUUCAAGUACAAACUCAUCGGGAUUAUUGGUGCUGUCACAAUGGCUAACAUCAUGGCUACAGACAGAAGUAGAUCUAAUUUGACUCAAGGGAGAACCGACCUGAGCAAUGAAGAGUGCACACAGGUGACCACCUUGCUGCAAUUGGUUCAUUCCUGUAGUGAGCAGUCUCCUUGGGCCUCUGCACUUUAUUAUGAUGAGUUUGCCAACCUGAUCCAAGGAGGAAAGCUGGCUCCAAAAGUCCUGGAAUGGGUUGGGCAGACCAUCUUUGAUGGUUUCCAAGAUGCCUUUGUGGUGGACUUCUGUGUUGUUCCAGAAGGUGACUUUUCAUUUCCUGUGAAAGCUCUCUACGGACUGGAAGAAUACAAUACUCGUGAUGGGAUCGCCAUCAACCUCCUGCCACUGUUGUUCUCUCAGGACUUAGCAAAAGAUGGGGGUCGCAUGACUUCACAGGAAUCAGGCCAAAAAUUGGUGUCUCCUUUGUGCCUGGCUCCCCAUUUCCGGUUGCUGAGACUUUGUGUGGAGAGACAACAUAACGGAAACUUGGAGGAGAUUGAUGGUCUACUAGAUUGUCCUGUGUUUCUCACUGACCUGGAGCCUGGUGAGAGGCUGAAGUCCAUGUCUGCUAAAGAGCAUUCAUUCAUGUGUUCACUCAUAUUUCUUACUCUCAACUGGUUUCGAGAGGUUGUGAAUGCCUUCUGCCAGCAAACAUCACCUGAGAUGAAGGGGAAGGUGCUCACCCGGUUGAAGCACAUUGUAGAACUACAGAAAAUCCUGGAAAAAUAUUUGGCAGUCACCCCAGACUAUGUCCCUCCUCUCGCAAACUUUGACUUAGAAACUUUAGAUGUGACACCUCAUACCAGUACUGCUGGUUCAGCAAAAAUCAGAAAAAAAGGAAAGAUAGGAGGAAGGAAGCGAAAAGCAGAUGGCAGCAAAACAUCCUCCCCUGACACACUUUCAAAAGAAGAUAAUUCAGAAUGCCACCCUACACCAUCUGAUAGAAGCCAGCUGAACAAGGAGUUCCCAGGGAAGGAAGAAAAAAUGUCAGUGUCACUACAGAAUUACCAUACUUUUUUCCGAGAGUUGGACAUUGAGGUGUUCUCUAUUCUGCAUUGUGGACUUGUGACCAAGUUCAUCUUAGAUACUGAAAUGCACACCGAAGCUACAGAAGUUGUGCAACUUGGGCCCCCUGAGCUGCUUUUCUUACUGGAAGAUCUUGCCCAGAAGGUGGAGAAUAUGCUGAUACCUCCUGUUGCCAGGAGAGUCCCCUUCCUCAAGAAUAAAGGAAGCCGGGAUAUUGGAUUCUCACAUCUUCGUCAGAGAUCUUCCCAAGAAAUUGCUCAUUGUGUUGUUCAACUGCUGACCCCAAUGUGUAACCAUCUAGAGAAUAUUCACAAUUAUUUUCAGUGCUUAGCCACUGAGAAUCAUGGUGUGGUUGAUGGACCAGGAGUGAAAGUUCAGGAGUACUACAUAAUGGCUUCCUGCUAUCAGAGGCUACUGCAGAUUUUUCUUGGGCUUUUUUCUUGGGGUGGAUUUUUUGAACCUGAAAAUCGUAAUUUACUAUACUCAGCCCUUGAGGUCCUUACUAGCCGACUGAAGCAGAGAGAACAUGAACAGCCCUUGGAGGAACUGCUUAGCCAGAGCUUCCAUUACUUGCAGAAUUUCCAUCACAGCAUUCCUAGUUUCCAGUGUGCUUUUUAUCUCAUCAGACUUUUGAUGGUCAUUUUGGAGAAAUCUACAGCUCCUGCUCAGAACAAAGAAAAAAUUGCUUCCCUGGCCAGACAGUUCCUCUGUCGGGUGUGGCCAAGUGGGGAGGAAAAGAACAACAUCUCAAGUGACCAGCUCCAUGCUUUGCUCUGUAUCUACCUGGAGCACACAGGCAGUGUUCUGAAGGCCAUAGAGGAGAUUGCUGGUGUUGGUGUCCCAGAACUGAUCAAUUCUCCGAAAGCUGCAUCUGCCUCCACAUUCCCUACACUGAGCAGGCACACCUUUGUCAUUUUCUUCCGUGUGAUGAUGGCUGAACUAGAGAAGACAGUGAGAGGUCUUCAGGCUGGCACAGCAGCAGACUCGCAGCAGAUUCAUGAAGAGAAGCUCCUCUAUUGGAACAUGGCUGUUCGAGACUUCAGUGUCCUCAUCAACCUGAUAAAGGUAUUUGAUAGUCGUCCUGUUCUGCAUGUGUGUUUGAAGUAUGGACGUCUCUUUGUGGAAGCAUUUCUGAAGCAAUGUAUGCCGCUCUUAGACUUCAGUUUUAGAAAACACCGGGAAGAUGUUCUGAGCUUACUGGAAACCUUCCAGCUGGACACAAGGCUGCUUCAUCACCUGUGUGGGCAUUCCAAGAUUCACCAGGACAUGAGACUCACCAAACAUGUGCCUUUGCUAAAAAAGACACUGGAGCUGUUAGUUUGCAGAGUCAAAGCCAUGCUCAUCCUUAACAAUUGCAGAGAGGCUUUCUGGCUGGGCAAUCUCAAAAACCGGGACUUGCAGGGUGAAGAGAUUAUAUCCCAGAAUUCCCAGGAGAGCACAGCAGAUGAGAGUGAGGAUGACAUGUCAUCCCAGGUCUCCAAAAGCAAAAUAACAGAGGAUGGUGAAGAAGAUGAAGCAAAUGCUGAAGAAAAGGAGCAAGAUAGUGAUGAAAUUUAUGAUGACUCCGAGUAGACCCCAGAGAGACUGUUGCUCCCUUCCCCAUCUGUGCCAUCGUAUGACCAUUUUGUGUUCAGGGCUUGAAAUCUGCUGUUUGCCUUAACUUAAUUGUGGAUUUCAUAGAUUGUCUAACAUCAAAGACCCAGGUUUCCCCUGUAGCAUUAUUUAUUAGUUUGGAUAAACACGGCAAUGCUACGCUAUAAAAUAAAAACUCUUUGAGUUGUGA